AUGAAGCGGUCGGGCGGCACGGCGGGGCGGAACGCCGGCUGCUCCUGCAGGAACCGUCGGAGCCCGAACGUCGUCGGCGCUCAACCGCACGGCGGCAAGGAGGAGGAGCGGAGCAGUGGCCCAGGGUUUAGGGAUUUGAUUUGGGAGGAGGAUCGAUCUCAACCCGUGGAGGGGGGAGGCGGGGCGGCGGCGGCUCACGCGGGGUGGGGGAGGGGGACGAACGUGGGCGUGGGCGUGUGGACGGUUCAUGCAUUCUCUGUUUGUGAUGACCCUGAAUACUUCUAUGACUAUGUCCAAGGCCUGAUUGAUGGACUUAAUUCUGGUUUGGAUUCACGUGAUAUAGUUAGCAUCGAAAAUGCUAAGGGGUUAGGCUAUGCCAUGAACACAGCCGAGGAGCUUAAGUUUGUCAAAGACAUAGCUGCAUCAACAGGCAUUGUCCUUGAUCCAGUCUACAGUGGGAAGGCGGUUUAUGGAUUGCUAAAAGACAUGGCUGGCAAUCCAGCCAAAUGGAAAGGUCGAAAAGUUCUGUUUAUCCACACAGGUGGUCUUCUUGGGUUGUAUGAUAAGGCUGACCAGUUGUCAUCUUUGGCUGGGAGCUGGCGCAGAAUGGAUCUUGAAGAUUCUGUUCCACGCAAAGAUGGCACUGGUAAGAUGUUCUGAUCAGUAUGGUCCAUGUGAUUCCAUGAUGGAUCAUUCUUGCAAACAUUGUAUCCAUUACAGAGUUAUUACUCUUACAUUUGUGCAAGAAAAUGCAGAAUAGAUGGUUGAUGGUUCACAUUGUAUAGAGCACUGAUGCAAUUUAAGAAUAAAGCACAUCUUUUUUGCCAUUUGGAAAUAAAUAUUUUUAUGUG